AGUCACCAAGUCCAGCGGACCUGGCACUCUCCUUGUUUUCUGAUGCAUUUCCACUCACACAGUGUCUGUUUCCACCACUUGGAGUGCUGUUAGAAACCAUAAACCUCGAAUAGUUGCCUCCGGUAUUACAGAGGCAUGUCUUCGGCUGCGGGCCAACCUCCCGUAGCUCCACGGCUACUCAGCUAGCUCCGUUAGCCGCUAAUGAGCGCACACGGCGACUGCUUCUCGACCUCGGCAUGCCUCGGAGAAAGAAGAACGACCAGAGCCCGGCGAGGCUACCCGGCGGGCCGCCAGAGGGGGGAAGCCUCGGCCACAACUCGGGUUACCAACUACCUCAGCUGUACGAGGGGGCAAUGGCGAGCGACUUUCCGGGCGGCGCGUCGGUAUCCAGCGCCGAUAAGGAGAAGAUGGUCAGAAGCAUGCAGGAGAUGUUCUCACACCUGGACCCCGAAGUUAUUUACAUCGUGCUCUCUGAGUGUGACUUUAAAGUUGAAAAUGCGAUGGACUCCCUCCUGGAGUUGUCUGUGGCAGCAGAAGAUGCAGUCCCGAUCCCUCCUCCUGUUUCUGGCUUCGAGCACACUGCUGCAGCCCUGCUCAGUCCAAGACACUUUUCUAAACCAACACCAGACCCAGACUUCUCCAAACCAUCGCAGCAGCCUUCAUCUCCUCCCUCCACGAACCUCCUGACAGAAGAGUUGGACCUGCUAGUUGAUCAGGAGCUACAGACACUAACCGGACUGCAAGAUCAGAAGGAGGAGCAUCAUAACAGCAAGUAUUUACCAGCUGGUACAUCCCUUUCCUCUUUCCCUCCACCACCUGUUCCUCAGCAGGCCCUCCCUGAGCUGCUUCAGUCCAGCCUGGAGCCUGGAUUCAGAGGGCCCUCUGCCGAGCAGCCAGGCCCAGUGGGAGCCUUGUCUGGAGCUUCCUCUCCCCCCAACCAGCUCAGCACGUGGCAAGAUGACAUUGCUGAGGGGCAGCAAUCUGUUUUGGAUUUCACACACCUGACAACAGAAACAUCUGCAGACAAGCCCAAACCUCCUCUGGACCUGGCAGCCUCUGGGCGUCCCUCAGCUUUUCAGGUGUAUAAAAAGCAAGACCCUCCACACACUCUCUCAGACAGGACUGGGCUCAUGCAACCUGAUGCAGUGGCCGGUGGAGCAAGAUCUAAGGUGGACAUGCUUAACUCCUCUUGGAACCCAGAUGCCCCAGUUUUUUUGCCCCGUAUCCAUGGAAACCAGGGCCCGGCCUUCAUUACUCCUGUGGCCCAGUCCCCCUCCAACUGGCCCAGCCAGCCCAGGCAUGCCUCUUCCUGGCUGAGUCAGGGCCCUGUCAUUCAGGCACCUCUCAAACCUUCUGCUACUAUUCCAAAAUCGUGGGCCGUACCUGCUGCUCCGCAGGUCUCAGCUAAGAGCAGCAGGCUUUGUUUGGAUGGGAAGCUGCUGGUGCUGCUUCGGGGAGCUCCAGGAUCUGGCAAGUCAACCAUGGCAAGAGCCUUGCUGGAGCAUAAUCCAGGUGGAGUCAUACUCAGCACUGACGACUAUUACUACCGUAAUGGAACUUAUCAGUUUGACCCCACUACUUUGGGGGAGGCUCAUGAGUGGAACCAUAAACGAGCCAAGGAGGCUUUUAUGAGGGGAACUAAACCUAUCAUCAUUGACAAUACCAACAUGCAGGGCUGGGAGAUGAGACCCUAUGUAGCUCAGGCACUAAAACAUGGAUAUAAGGUGCUGUUCAGAGAGCCGGACACCUGGUGGAAGAACAAACCCAAAGAGCUGGAGAGACGUACCACACAUAACAUACCAGUGGAAAAAAUCCGCCGCAUGCUUAAUGGAUACGAGCGCUUCGUCACGAUCCAGGCGAUUAUGGGCUCAAAGAUGCCUGAGCGGAAACAGCAGCUCCUUCUGGAGAACAGAGACUCACAGCCACUGUCUCCUGAAACACCUUGUCCUGACCUUGUAGAUCAGCCUGGGUUGACUGAAAAAUGCAAGAAAUCCCGUCCUCAGCUGUUUUCCUCCCUCCCCGAUGUGUCAUCUGUUGGUCGCUCUGGAGAGGUGGGAAUGCUUGAAGACGGCACCCACAAAUCCACAGAAUCGCUCAAUGUCCAACUCAGUGAAAGAUCCACAGAAAACCAUGAAAUUUCUAUUGGGGACGACUUUGAUUUAGGGGACUUGGAUUCUGAGCUGGAUGACCAAGUGAACCAGCUGAAUCCUCCAAAUGGAGACCAGAGAAUCCCAGACUGUAUUGUGGAAUCAGUGAUGAAUGAAGAUUCAUGCAGAACUGAAAAACCUGUUGCUUUCUCUGAAUCUAUUGGACAGAGAGUGAGGAGAGAAAGGCCGAGCAGGAGGUCUGGAUUUGACAACAUGGAGCCUGCAGAUCCAGUAAAAGAUACCAACCAGGAAAAGACAAAUGAAGAGGAAUCAGAAGGGGCUGAAUUAGCAGCGCACAUGGGAGAGAAGGAAAUGCAUAAGAUGUUGAAUUUUGUAGGAGAUUGGCCUUCUGAAGGGCCUCUUGAGCAGCGACAGGUGAGAAAAAGAGACACCCAUGAAGAAGUACAUGGGAGUGAAGAUGAAGAUGCAUCUCAAGAAUGCAAUGACCAUGAAAAAACAGUGAGCACACACUCGGGCCCUGAUUUAACCGAGCUUCAGAAACUUUUUGAUCUUAUCCAGACUGGUGUAGUCGCAGCUGAGACCAGCUCUUCCCGCUCACGCUCCAUUUCGCUGAGUUCUGGAGAGGAACUGGAGAGAGAGGAUGAGGCAGGCGGCUUGUUUGAGGAAUCUCAUGGCAGUAGAUCUAACAGUGAGGAGAGAAAGCUAAACAUUGGCAGGGUUAACAUCAGCAGAGAAUUACCUGACUGUGUGUUAGACUGGAACGCAGCUGACUCUUGUGUUAUCAGGGAAAUAAAAAAUGAUAACAUUGGAACAACAAUCACCGAAAGGACUGACAGAGAAGCUCUGUCCGUGGGUUUGAAAGCACCCGAUGCAGAAAAUCCUUUUCCAACUUUUAUUGAGAAGACUGAGGAGGAAAAUGUAGCCCACAGUAUUGAAGGUGAGACUGGAAUAGAUGUGGACAGCUGCACAGAGAACAGCAGAGAAACAAGAAUUGAGGCUGAUGGCAGCCACAUUAGUGACACAUGUCAGAGUAUUGUGAGCGAGGGCUCUGUGGAAACAGAAAGUAGUCCCUUCAGUCAGGAGAAGAAACAGCGUCAGGGUCGCAGAUCAGGGAAGCAGUGCAAGCUAGCCCUCACCUUCACUCAAAACUGCCCCGAUUCCUUAUUGAACACUCUGGACAGUCUCAAUACCACAGCUCAAGACCUAGACAAUAGUCAGAACAGCAUCAACUGUGAUGUCAAACCUAACUUUAAUCCUAAUACCAGUCUUAUCCUUGAAACAAACGUUGGGGCCAAAUCUGCGACAGACCAGCAGCAGGCUUCCCCUCUUCCUCUGGUGGACACAGGCCGCUUCACUCAGACAGAGCCUCAGGACUUUGCUCUUCUUUGGCGUCUCAAUCGUGCAGGCAGCCCUGAUGAUGCAGUUUUCACUGUAGGUAGCCAUGGCAGUGACGUCAGAGUCGUCUGUGGCGACUCUUCUCGUUUUGUGCCGGAGCUCUCCUCUGCUGUUUCUGCAGCAGUUGCAGUUCACCCGUCUGGCCACAGGGAGGUACCCUACCAUGUAGUGCAUGAGAAAGGCACACAGGUGGAGGAGAGAGAAUUUGGAGUAACUCAAGACCGGCUUGAGAACCUGCGCAUUCUCAGUCGCCAUUUUAAGCUAGUUAGUUUUGACACAUUAGAAGACCUAUAUGACAAAUGCCAUCAGGACUUAGAGUGGACCACCAACCUGCUGCUGGACUCUGGAGAGAGGUUCUUUAGAGAUGAAGAUUGUGAGGGGGAGGAGGUUGGUGCAGCUGAUGAAGAUGACUACCACGCAUCCACUCUGCAUGCAGCUUCAUCUGAGGCUAUAGAAACCAGUUCAUGUCCUAUUGUGUUCGAUCAGCAUCAACCUGAAGACAGGCCAAAGAGAGAGACAAAUGUGAUAGAGGAUGGAUCCCAGCAGUCAAACUGUGAGACAGCUACAGAGUCAGAUGACAGCGCCAAUAAUACUGAAGUAUCUAGUUUUGGAGGUGCAGCUAUUCCAGCUACGAACAACAAUCCUGAUCCUCAUCCUGAUACAACCUUAGACUUAGAAACAUCUCCACAAGCAGAACCUAACUUGCCUGAAGCAGUAAAGGAAGGAGAGAGAUGUGACGAUGCUGACCACAAAGUGAUAUCUGAGUCUGACCUAGAGGGUGGAGCUUGGGGUGGAAGCUUUGAUAAUAGGGUAACAAUUGAAGACUCAAGAAUUGAGACUGAGGACGACAUUGCCAGCUUGGAGGAGAUCACCCGCCUGCUGCUGGAUAACCUGGAGGAGAUGGAGAGACAGAAAAAGAGCAGGAAUGAGGAGAGACGAAGCCAACACCUGAGUAUUCAGUGUGUGGAGCUGAAACUACCCACUGAACUGGCACUGCAGCUCACUGAACUCUUCGGUCCUGUUGGAAUAGACCCAGAUACCUGCCCAGCUGAUGACUACACAGUGCAGAUGGACCUGAGCUUGGCUAAACUGCUCCACCAGAAGUGGAAGGAAACCAUCCAGGAACGGCAAAGACAAGCAACUCUUUCCUUUCACUUGCUGCAGGAAAGUUCGACACACUGGGGUGACUCACAGGUGACCAAACCUGGAAUACGAGAGCGGACACCGGCAGCUAAUUUUCUGAUUAACACAGACAGUCACAUGUCAUUGGACAACCAGCCAGACGCCUUUAGUCGGAUGCCGUUCAUGGACCACUGGAAUGCUCCCCGUCCGCAUGUCUCUCUUCGAGAUAUUAUAAAAGAGGAACAGGCUUUACAGGAAAACAUAAAGAAGACCAGACAAAAUCGUGUAGAAGUCGACCGACGUGACGGAGCCACAUUGUUGAAAGAGAACCAGCUGUACUCCCUGUUCCCCUCCAUUGACAGGCAUUUCCUCCAGGACAUCUUCAGAGACCACAAUUACAGCCUGACUCAGACAGAGUUGUUUCUUCGCUCUCUGCUGGAUGAGGAGCCUGUGAAGACAGUAGUUGCCCCAGAAGCUCCUCGGUCCGACUACCACAGAGCAGCCAGCAAGGAGAGGGAAAAGAGACAGAAACCUCUAGAAUCAAUUGUACCAAGCUAUCAGGACACAGAGGACCCCGAGUAUACAGACUUCAGGGCUGAGGCCAAACUGCAGAGGAGCCGACAGCUCGAGAGUUUUGCUAAGGCUGCAGAGGCCUACAAGCAGGGGCGCAAAGAAGUGGCCUCAUUUUAUGCACAGCAGGGACACUUGCACGGCCAUCGGAUGCGUGAGGCCAAUCACCGUGCAGCAGUUCAGAUUUUUGAGAGGGUCAACUCAUCGCUGCUGCCCAAAAACAUCCUGGACCUCCAUGGGCUGCAUGUAGACGAGGCUCGAGAGCAUCUGGCCCGAGUCUUAGAGGACAAAACCGCAGAUUUCGAGCAGGGUCUGUGUCGACCUCAGCUCUCUGUCAUCACAGGAAGAGGGAACCACAGCCAGGGGGGCGUGGCCCGCAUCCGCCCCGCCGUUAUAGACUACCUCACCAGCAAACAAUACAGGUUCACGGAGCCAAAGCCAGGCCUUGUGUUGGUCUCUUUGAAGUGAAAAGAACCAGUUUAUUGGAUUCAGACUACAGCUGCUAUGGAGGACAACUCUUUCUAUAUCCAUCAUUCUCCACGUCUGCGAUGCCCAAAUACAAAUAUUCCAGUCUGUACGGUGUGAUACACUCAGCCUACGUGUCUUACUUCUGUUAGUCAGUUUUGGUAGUUUUAUCUAUAAACUUCCAGAUACAUAAUGUCUGGUUAACUGAGGCUAUAUUCAAUUCAGAUUUUAAUGUUGAAUCUAUUUUUUUCUGUGUUUAUGGAAAAGGACUGCAUUAGUGUGAAACAUAAAAAAAGAAUAAUAUUUUUCUGCAUCUGUAAAGCGAGAAUACAUUGAUACUAUGUUUUAUAUUUAAAAAUAUUUUAGUGUAAAUUUGCCUUUUGUGUAUUUUAAAGAGAGAAAAAUUCCUGUUUGUCAGGCUCCAAGUUAAAUAAGUUGUUGAAUCAUUUGAACAUUUAUUAAUUUGGAAUCAUGUUUGAGCACAUUGUAAAUAUUUUACACAAUUUGAAUCAUGAUCGCUUGAUUCCUGCUUGUAGGUUUCUCUUUGAGGAUUUUAAUUAAUAUAAAACAACUUAUCUGAGACAUAGUUUAACCAUUGUAUUUAAUGUCGGUUAUACAUUUAUUGUUUUGCCAUCACAAAGCCAAAUGCUUAGAACGCCAGCUUGAAACUCCACAGAUGAUCAAAGGCCAGCAACCCCUUGAGUUUGAACCUCCACUGUGAUUCUCGUCUUCGCAGUUGCUUCUGCAACAUUAUACUCUUCGUUUACUUUUGUGUAAGUCCAAACAAAGUUUAGUUGCUAAUACAUUGAUAUUUAAACUCAGGUGACCAUUUAAUAAUUCAAAGUUUUUCGUCUUUUUCAAGACCGGUUGAUUGUUUCUGGCCUGGUAGCUUUUUAAAACACAUUGUGCCAAAUUUUGUAGCAGCUGUGUUGCUAAUAUUGCUACAUUAGUUUUGUAAACUUAAAAUCUUUUCUGUUUUUUUUCUACCUGUGUAAUAUUUUUUUUUAAUAAAAGUGUAACAAAGGUGUUAACAAAUUUUACUGACUGUACAGAAUGUUGUGAGCUCAAGAAAUAUGACAAGAAUAUUGUAUUUUUUAGCCAUUUGAUGGUAAGGUUUUACAGAGCAUAAAAUAUGGUGGAAUAAAAUCCUAUUUGUUUACA